UAACGGGAGAGUUUGAUUCUUCGUCCUCGGCUCGGCGGCGGGAGGACUCGCUGAGAUCGAAGCCGGCGCGGGGGACCAGGAGCCCGGGCAGCUGACGGCACCGACAUGGAGCUGGAGAACAUCGUGGCCAACACGGUGCUGCUGAAGGCACGGGAAGGAGGCGUCGGAAACAGAAAAGGAAAAAGCAAGAAGUGGAAGCAGAUGCUGCAGUUUCCUCACAUCAGUCUGUGUGAAGAGCUGCGACAGACCACAGAGAAGGACUACAGCAGCCUUUGUGAGCGGCAGCCAAUCGGACGUUUACUCUUCAGACACUUCUGUGACACUCGACCUGAGCUGAGGCGCUGCGUCAAGUUCCUGGACGCCGUGGCGGAGUACGAGGUGACUCCGGACGAGAAGAGGAAAGAGUGCGGUCAGGAGUUCAUCGACAAAUACUUCAACCCAAAGUCAGACGACCAUGUGCCUGAGGUGGAGGACGCCAUGAUGGCCCAGUGCUCCGAGCGGCUGCAGCAGGACGCCUGCAAGGAGCUCUUCAAGGACUGUACCAAAUUGAUCCACGACUUCCUGAGUAUGGCGCCCUUCGCCGACUACCUCGACAGCAUGUACUACAACCGGUUCCUCCAGUGGAAGUGGCUGGAGAGGCAGCCGGUGACGAAGAACACGUUCCGUCAGUACAGAGUUUUGGGGAAAGGAGGCUUCGGAGAGGUGUGUGCGUGUCAGGUACGAGCCACGGGGAAAAUGUACGCCUGUAAGAAGCUGGAGAAGAAGAGGAUAAAGAAGAGGAAAGGAGAAUCCAUGGCGCUCAACGAGAAACAGAUCCUGGAGAAGGUCAACAGCAGAUUUGUGGUGAGUUUGGCGUACGCCUACGAGACGAAGGACGCCCUGUGCCUGGUGCUGACCCUCAUGAACGGGGGAGACCUGAAGUUUCACAUCUACCACAUGGGCGAUGCAGGUUUCGACGAGACGAGGGCCGUCUUCUACUCGGCGGAGAUCUGCUGCGGGCUGGAGGACCUGCACCAGGAACGCAUCGUCUACAGGGACCUGAAGCCGGAGAACAUCCUGCUGGACGACCACGGCCACAUCCGGAUAUCAGACCUGGGUCUGGCUGUUCACGUGCCAGAGGGUCAGACCAUCAAGGGACGGGUGGGAACAGUGGGGUACAUGGCUCCGGAGGUGGUGAAGAACGAGCGCUACACCUUCAGCCCCGACUGGUGGGCUCUGGGCUGCCUCCUGUACGAGAUGAUCGAGGGCCAGUCGCCCUUCCAGCAGAGGAAGAAGAAGAUCAAGAGGGAGGAGGUGGAGCGACUGGUGACGGAGGUGGAGGAGGAGUACUCCGCCAAGUUCUCUGAGGACGCCAAGUCCAUCUGCAAGAUGCUGCUCGACAAAGACCCCACGGAGAGGGUGGGCUGUCGGGGGGGCGGAGCCUCCGAGGUCAAAGCCCAUCCCAUCUUCCGCUCCGUUAACUUCAAGCGGCUGGCGGCCGGAAUGCUGCAGGUGCCCUUCAUCCCCGACCCACAGGCGAUCUACUGUAAGGACGUCCUGGACAUCGAGCAGUUCUCCACCGUCAAAGGCGUCGAGCUGGAGGCGAAAGACGAGUCGUUCUACAGCAAAGUGUCCACGGGCAGCGUCUCCAUCCCCUGGCAGGAUGAGAUGAUCGCGACCGAGUGUUUCACCGAGCUGAACGUGUUCCUCCAGGACGGGACGGUUCCUCCCGACCUGGACUGGAGGGGUCAACCGUCACCGCCGCCCAAACUGGGCCUGAUGCAGCGGCUGUUCGGACGUCAGGACUGCUGCGGAAACUGCAGCGACAGUGACGAGGAGCCGACCAGGCUGUGACACACACACACACACACACACACACACACACACACAAACACACAGACACACAUACACACACACACACACACACACACACACACACACACACACACACACACACAUACACACAC